AUGGAUCAUAACGAAAAGUCGGGCAACUCGGCUCUCGAAACGCCACCUCAACGGCCUAAUACCAAUGAUGUAGUUGGAAACGGAACCGUCCAUGGCCACAGCCCCAAUGUGGACAAAAAAACUGGAAAGCGAGUCCUCACCCCUGAGGAGUGCGAGGACCAGCUCCCCUUUACGUACUCGGAGUUCAAGAAGUGGUGGAUUCUCAGCGUUAUCUUCCUUGUGCAAGUGUCGAUGAACUUCAACACAUCUCUCUACUCCAACGGUCUUGGUGGCAUUUCGGACAAGUUCGGUGUGAGCGAACAGGCUGCUCGUGUUGGCGCUGCGAUUUUUCUGGUUCUGUACGCUUUCGGCUGUGAAUUAUGGGCGCCAUGGUCUGAAGAGAUAGGCCGAAAGCCUGUUUUGCAGGCGUCGUUGUUCCUCGUCAAUGUCUUCACUCUGCCCGUUGCCUUGGCCCCGAACUUUGGUGUUCUUCUGAUGGGGCGAGCUCUCGGUGGUCUUUCUUCCGCCGGCGGCAGCGUCACGCUCGGUAUGAUUGCCGAUAUGUUCGACUCGGAUCACCAACAACUCCCCGUCGCAUACAUUGUGUUCUCCUCCGUCGGUGGCUCCAUCCUGGGCCCCAUCGUCGGAGGGUUCUGUGAACAGUACCUGGCGUGGCAGUGGACCAUCUGGAUCCAGCUCAUCUUUGGUGUUUUCGUCCAGGUGCUUCAUUUCGUAACCGUUCCCGAGACGCGAGAAACGGUAGUGUUGACCAGGAUCGCGAAGCAACGCAGGAAGCUUGGCGAGGAUGUCUGGGGACCUGAUGAAGUUGAUCCCCUCUGGGAACGUCUUACUAUGAAGGAGUUGCUUCACACCUGGGCGCGACCCUUCCGAAUGUUUAUCACAGAACCCAUCGUACUCUGGCUUUCUCUUCUCUCUGGGUUCUCCGAUGCUCUCAUAUUCAUGAUGAUUCAGUCUUUCGCUUUGGUCUACAAGCAAUACGACUUCACCCCGUCGCAGAUUGGCUUGUCCUUCAUUCCUAUUGGAAUUGGCUAUGUAAUCGCGUGGUUGAUGUUCAUUCCUGCCAUCAAGCGAAAUAUCGCCCAGCGCAAGAAGCGACCCGAAGACGAGAAGGUUCAAUACGAGUCGCGAAUGGAUUUGCUUUUGGUGCUUGUGCCUUGUCUGCCCAUCGGCUUGAUCAUCUUUGCGUGGACUAGCACAGGGCCGCCACUCCACUGGAUCGGCACUAUGGUGGCGUCUGCGAUUAUUGGUAUCGCAAACUAUUCUAUCUACAUGGCUACUAUCGACUACAUGAUCUGUGCUUACGGUCCAUACUCUGCUUCGGCAACUGGUGGAAACGGUUGGGCGCGCGAUUUCCUGGCCGGUGUCCUGACGGUUCCCGCCACACCAUUCUACACUAACAUCGGUGCCGAGAAAGGAAUGAACCUCCCGUACGCCUCUACCAUCCUCUUUUGCAUCUCCGCGGUCCUCGUUACCGCCGUUUACGUCAUCUACUGGAAGGGCCCCAUCCUGCGAGCCAACUCUCCGUUCGCUCAGAGCCUCGCUCACGGUGUCAACCCGGAGAAACCAGGCGAGUCGCUCCACCGAGAACCGUCGGCCCACAUUGGCCCAACAUCACGACGAAGCUCGUAUAUGGGUGCUAAGAAAGCCUCCAGUCGGCAAGCUAGCCGCAAUGUGAGCCGAGCUAACAGUUACGAUGGCUCGGCUGCGCAUCCGAACCCGCACCAGAGGGUUGCCCCGGCGGAGCUGAAUGACCAGCUUAACCGCCUCACGACUGUUCGGUCUGAGGCGGGCGAGCAAUAG